AUGCCUCACCUAUCUUACUCACUGGCAGCAGCCUCCUUGCUCGUAACAUUCAUUGUCACCGUUCUUAGUGGUAUCUGCUAUGCAACCUCAAAAGCAUCGCCCGAUGUGGCCUCCACUAUCCUAAGUGCAGUAAGCUGCAUGGCUUUGAUUGCCCUUGGUCUACUGCACCACCAAAAUAUCCAAACGGGCCGCCGACUAUGGAUAUGUUUCGCUGGCGGAUAUCUACUCAUUGCCGCUGCAGCAUCUGCCGGAGCAAUGGCAACGAGUCCUCAAGCCUCGGUCUUUGUGGUUCGCUCUGUGUUCUGGGCACUAUCAGUGUUCGCACAGGGCCUAUACUGUGGAUUCCUCGCGAUGACACUAGCCCAGGAGAAAUCCAACCCUCAAUGGCCGCGUGCCUACUCACAAGAGGUUCACUCCCAAGAGCUCAAGGAUAUCCCACAAAGCCCUAAUUUUCUCCCACCGCCCCCUCGAGUAUGCGACUUGUCCGAGCUAUUCGAACCCAAAAGAUCCUCACUCCGCAAAUUCCCUCGACGGUCCAGCCGCUACUCAGACACAACACUCUGUCCUACAAGCACAAAGGAAGAAAAGAACGUCUGCAUCGACACAAGCUCCUCAACACACACUUCACCAAGUCCAUCCCCGACACGGGCAGGAUGCCAGACACACUCCCAGACCGGGACACUCGCCCCCUCCUCCGAGGCACACACAGCAUCCGUAGCAUGUCCAGCCUACGCCGCAAUCCCCCCAGCUGCACUCCCCUUAGACAGUCGAGUACAUCCACCAAUGCCCUCGCCAACAGCAUCAACAAUCCGCAUCGACUCCCCAACACAGUCCAGCUCGAACAAUCCCACGUGGGAGUAUAACCCAUUCAGCGAGAACAACAUCCACCCUCUCUUCCGCUCAACAAGCCCCUGUCCAUCCCCAACCUUUGCCCCGGGCACGAUGGUUAAAGCCUCGCCGAGCGCAGGACAAACCAUCACGGCGGGGACGAUCACACGCAUGAGAUCUGCUCGCUCCCUCCGCGACCAGGCCAUGCGUGCGCCUUCCCCAUUGCCUGGGUCGGAGUCGGAGGAGACCAUCCGCCCAAGACCGAAUCCAACUCUUGAUUUUGCGCAUUCGCAAUCUGUGAAGAGAUAUGACUUGAACGAAUCCCCUUAUGAAAAAUGA